AUGGGCCCCGCCGCGCUGGUGCUGCCGGUGCUGCUGUUGCCGCUGGCGGUGGCCGCGGGCGGCCCGGAGGUGCGCAGCCUGCGGGGGAGCUGGCAGCUCCGCAGCGGGAAUGGCUCGGUGUCGCUCCGUGCAGAGGUGCCGGGCUGCGUUCACACCGCGCUGCUCUGCCGGGGCCUCAUCCAGGAUCCGUACUAUAGAUUUAAUGAUGUAACGUACAGAUGGAUCUCACUAGAUAACUGGACUUACAGCAGGACAUUCAAAACUCCUUUUGACGUCAGAAAAUGGCAGAAAGUGAAUUUGGUUUUUGAGGGAGUGGAUACAGUAGCACAGAUCCUGCUCAACAAUGUCACUCUCGGGAGAACAGACAACAUGUUCAACAGAUAUAGCUUUGAUAUUACCAGCGUGAUCCAGGAGGUCAAUUUUGUUGAAGUCCGUUUCUUGUCAGCCGUUUCAUAUGCAGCAGAACAGAGCAGAUGUCACAAAGCACACAGCAUCCCCCCGGCGUGCCCUCCACCUGUGCAGAAAGGAGAGUGCCACGUUAAUUUCAUCAGAAAGGAGCAAUGUUCAUUUAGUUGGGAUUGGGGCCCUUCUUUUCCCACUCAGGGAAUCUGGAAAGAUGUUAGGAUUGAGGCCUAUAACCAUUAUCACCUGAUUUACUUUUCUGUAACUCCUUUUUUUGCAAAGAGUGCUCAGCAGUGGUAUCUUGAAGUUGAGUCUAUUUUUGACGUAGUCAGCUCCAAGCCAAUUGCAGGUCUUGUGACUGUGAAUAUUCCCAAGUUACAAACGCAGCAAACGUUCAGUGUGAAACUUCAACCUGGAGAAGGCAGCAUUGUGCUGCUUGUAAACAUCAACAAGAGUGCUGCAGUGGAGGCUUGGUGGCCAAAUGGGCAUGGAAAGCAAACUGGAUACAAGAUGACAACAACUUUUAUGAUGGAGGCAGGAUGCCAGAUUGAGAAGUUUUCAAAGGUUUAUUUUCGGACAGUAGAACUUGUUCAGGAGCCUAUUCCUGGCUCACCAGGUCUGAGUUUCUACUUCAGAAUCAAUGGCCGACCCAUUUUUAUUAAGGGCUCAAACUGGAUUCCAGCAGAUUCUUUCCAGGACAGAGUGACCUAUGACACGCUAAGGCUACUCUUGAAGUCUGCAGCAGAUGCUAACAUGAAUGCCCUGCGGGUUUGGGGAGGAGGAGUAUAUGAACAAGAUGAAUUUUACGAUAUUUGUGAUGAAAUAGGAAUAAUGAUUUGGCAGGAUUUUAUGUUUGCCUGUGCACUGUAUCCAACCAACCAGAAUUAUUUAGAAUCUGUAAGAGCAGAAGUUUCUCAUCAGGUACGACGUUUAAAAUCUCAUCCAUCAAUUAUUCUGUGGAGUGGUAACAAUGAAAAUGAAGCAGCAAUUGCAAGCAACUGGUUCUCCAUACCUUCUCCUGACAUAGGAGUCUAUAUCAAAGACUACGUGACCCUUUAUGUGAAGAACAUACGUGAAAUAGUUCUUAGUGAAGAUAAGAGUCGUCCUUUUGUUGCAUCCAGUCCCACCAAUGGCUUGGAGUCGGUUAAAGAAGGCUGGCUCUCCCAGAAUCCUUAUGACACCCAUUAUGGUGACACACACUUUUAUGACUACAGCAGUGACUGCUGGAACUGGACAGUGUAUCCUAAAACUCGUUUUGCUUCAGAGUAUGGCUUUCAAUCCUGGCCUUCCUUCAGUACAAUUGAAAAGGUUUCCUCCCCUGAGGACUGGUCCUACACAAGCAAUUUCUCUCUCCAUCGGCAGCACCACGAUGGUGGCAAUAUUCAGAUGCUUCAAGAGAUUGGGCGUCAUUUCAAGCUUCCCCAGAACCCAGAUCCUGUAAAGAAGUUCAAAGAUAUGAUUUACCUCACUCAGGUGAUGCAGGCUCAGUGUAUAAAGACAGAAACAGAAUUCUAUCGUUUUAGUCAAAGUGAAAUAAUCAAUGGAGAAGGACACACAAUGGGAGCUCUGUACUGGCAGCUCAAUGACAUUUGGCAGGCUCCUUCAUGGGCUUCCUUGGAGUAUGGUGGUAAGUGGAAACUGCUCCAUUAUUUUGCCCAGAACUUCUUUGCACCACUGCUGCCUGUGGCCUAUGAAGAUAAAGGGGUGUUGCACAUUUACGGUAUCUCAGAUCUUCAUGAGGACCACAAGCUGACUUUGAGGGUUCUUGUGCAUGCCUGGAGCUCUUUGGAGCCUGUCUGCACCCUUGACGAAGAAGGUGUGAUUGCUAAAGCACAGAGUGCUGUCCCCAUCUACAAGGAGUCCAUCAGUGACCUUCUGGAAAGAUGCAGAAAUUGUACCAGGAAAAGCUGUGUUAUUACUUUCUCUCUUGUGGGAGAAGAUGGGCUCCAGAGUCCUACAAACCAUUACUUCCUUUCAUCAUUCAAGGAUGCUGUGGGAUUAGAAAAGACCCAGCUUAGUGUCUCUGUAUCCCAACAAGAUGAUACUUAUAUUUUUGUUCUUCAGACCACUGCAAUUGCUCCUUUUGUUACUCUGGAUGUAGGGAGUAUAAAAGGCAGAUUUAGUGAUAAUGGUUUCCUCAUGACUGAAAAGAAGAAAGUGAUUGUGUUUUAUCCUUGGGAACCUACCAGUGUUGAAGAGCUAGAAAGUUCACUCAUCUUGACCUCUCUACUGGACAUUGUCUGAGACUACUUCAUUUCCUUCUAGAUAAUGAGUGAAACAGGAGAAAAGAAAACGAGAAGAAUUUGACUGAAGCUGAAGUGACAUACACUUUGAGCUGGCUGAAGAACAUACUGUCUAUUCCUGUCAUGUGAAUUUUAACUGCUGGUUCAAUGUAAAGAUCCCAACAGCAAAGCUUGCAUAUAAUAUAUGUGGUGUAUUGAAAGCACAUCCAUAUUUUUUCCUAGUUUCACUAUGCUGUAAGUGGUAAUUCAUUUUAGGAUAACAGCAAGGUAUGCUGGGGCAUUCCAAGGGAGAAGGAGGGAGUGAAGCUGGGACUACCCCCAGUAGGCCACCGAGCCACUCAAUGGGCAGGUUGCUAAGCAUUUGGCUUCUCUGUCAGACAUGGUUUGAAACGCAGCUGGGAUCUUGCUGGAGUUCCGCAAGGAUACUCUGUCCACCCAAGCAAAUAAUAAUUUUCCUGCAAAGCAGAAUCAGCUCCAGUAGGGUGGAGUUUGAGCGAGCUCUGCCACUGAUGUCCAUCAGUGUCUUAAAAGCAGCACGUGGGCGAUACCUGCUGGAGAUGUGGGGGUUCGGAGCACAUGCCGGAGCAGUUGUGUGUUCCAUUGGAGAACUCAGGCUGGGGGUGGAUUUCAGUUGUGAUUGCACUUCUGAUGGGCAGAGAGAUGGGCAUGUUGACUGAUGCUUUGAUGUUAACCAAAAUACUCCUGAGCAAGAGGAAGAACUUACAGAUAAAAGGGAAAUGAUAAGUGAGAGUUCCUUACAAAUGCUUUAUUGGGUCACCAAAAUAACUAACUGCAGUUGCAUCUGGUUCAAAACUAGUCCUACCUGAAAGAAGACAUGGAAACAAUCAAAAUAUGGAUGUGUAUGUGUAUAAAUUUUGUAAAAAAAAUAGGUAAAAAUUAGAGUCAUGAGUAAAACUUAGCAAAUGCAGGCAUUGACAAAGGAAAUUAAAAAGUUGUUCUGAGAGGUGUCAUGGGCCAACAAUACCAAAAAAAUUCUUCAGUUUUUUUGGUGACCUGGAAUGAAAGCAGCAAUAAGGUCAAUAUAAGGUAAGAAUGAAAAAAUGUGGAGAAAAUAUGAUCAAUAUGUACUGCUGCAGUGUAUUAAGAAAAGGACAAGUCUCUUGGCGUCUUUCUUGUACAUUGAUGGAGAGACGUCUCUUCUAGCAACAUCUGGCUAGAAUUUCAAAAUAGUACUUAAUAGUGUUAAAUAAAUAGAACUUUGGAGUAAUCACUUGUAUAAGAUAAUCAAGAGGCCUGUCUGGAGGUCAGUGAUAUUUGUUCAUCUCAGCAUCUGAGUGGAGUUUGAGAUACGUAGAAAAGAGCUGAUUAAAAAGUGAUGAAGUGGCUGUGCAAAUGAAGUCUACCAGCACAGCUAUACAUAACAGCAUUCUGUUAUUUAUUUCCUUGUUGUUUUCUGCAAUUCCCAGAUUGACAUAGCAAGGUUUGGGCAAUUUUUAAAAUUAUUGCUGUUUUUGAAGGUCAGGAGCUCCCUAAGGAGUAGCUCCAUUCUUUUUUGCUGAAAAUCUUUAAUUCAGCACUAGGUGCCAUUUUGAAACAUUAACAAUUGCUUAAGCCAAGUGCUUGAACCCCAGACAGAAUUUAAAGGGGAAGGUUGACUUCCAAUAUUGUUUUAAUAUCCUUAAUAUGUUGUUUUGGUUUCCUGGUGUUGUAGUAGGUGUGUAUUUAUAGAAGCUGUUCUCUCUCCAUGCAGCAGUGACUGUAAGGUGUGCUUUGAUUAACCAUUUCCCCUGGUACUGUCGCAGUGGCGUCCUGUGCUGCACUUGGUUACAUUGUUCUGCCUUUGUCUCAGAUCAGGGCAGAGAUAGGAAGGCAACACUCCUACCCUAUCAACACAUCCAUCUUGCCAGCUGAGUGUUGUUACAGCUUCAGCAGCACCUGUAUUGCCAGUUCUGUCUGAGGGGGGUUUGGCAGCAGGAGCAUUAGGAAAGGCAUUUGGUACAUAUCUUGGUGCUUGUCCUCAGUGUCAUUACAUUAUUUGUUGGGAGCAGCAGUAGAGGGGACUGGCCUGUCAGUGUUCUUCCAGGGUGCUGCCUUGCAGUAAUGUCUUGUUAAGGACCACUGAGUUUGUUUACUCCCAGGCCUGUCUGGGCUGUUCUCCACUGAUGGCAAAAGCAGCAGAGUGCCCCACACCCAUUACAAAUGCCCUUCCAGAACAGUUGAGAGCAGGUUUGGGAAGAACACUGUAUGGUAUUGGCUGAUCUGUUGUCCUAAAACCUUUCUCAGGCUGAGAUUUGGCUGUGAACACAUUUUGGGCUUGCACAGGCCAUUUUGAGCUUUAGAGGGCACCUUUUUGUUCAUACUUUCUGCCGCACAAGAUGAUUUAUUUUGCUCCAGUUUACUGGAGCAUGUCCUUGGAAGCUUUUUCACAUUCUGCAUCUUCUCCAGGAAAGAAGCAUGCGAAAGAAGCAUGCAAAUGUGCCUAAAAAUUGCUCUCCAAGGAAGUGUUCACAAUUUUCUGUCAGUCUUUCUUGUUACCUGCUCUUUGCAUACCUUGUGGUCUGGACAAACUUUUCUGCCUCAGAGGCACGUCUUUCUUCAGUACUUUUACUUCUAUUAGUUCCCUUUUGGUUUUGGGGAUGUGUAGCAGAGACCAUUUCAGUGACUUGAAACAGUGUCAGGAGCAGAGAAAUGGGCUAAUGAAUUUCUUGUUUUCAGUACACGAGAGCUGGGUUUUGAAGCUCACAAGCCAGCCUUUUUAUUGUCAGAAUUGCUGUUGUCUUACUCUCUUAGGGAACCAAGAACUCAUGGUUUGAAAUUUUCGGGACAGGUUGCAAUCUAAGAGUUGUGUUUACAUAACUUUGCUUUCCAGUCAGGUGUUACAGGGUGGCAAAACGAAAGCCCCAAAAUAAUUUAAUUAGUGUGUAAAACCAAAACUUAAAUUAAAAAGGCCGUCUCUGUAAGAAGUAGAGUCAGUCAAUAGAGGCCUUUAAGUACCUGAGCUAGUACUCUUCUGUGUUGUGCAUAUGGCAAAGGUGACUGGAUGGCUAAAAAAUCCUAUAGCAGUUAGGUUUAAAUGAGACCAUGGGAAGCCUCUGCAGCCUUGGAAGAACAUACUCCAGCCUGGCUCUAAUGGCUACUCAUAAUGCUGAACAGAGAAAAUCAGUUCCUUCGUGAUUAACUUGUGUUGUCUUUUGCUGUAGGAAUCUUUUGAAGCCAGUAAAAGUUUGGACUGCACCAUUGGCCAUUACUCUAGAACUGUUUUAUUUCAAGACAUGAUCAUCCAGAAACACCAGAAGCUGUGGGUGGUGGGUGAGUACUGAGCCCUGCACACUGAGCUAGCAAGUGGGCACCACCAUUCCUGUCCCUGUACCUGGGGGAAGCAAGGAGAACGUAUCUUUUUUCUUAAAUGUAUGAAAAAGGCAUUUUACUUUCCCAGGCAAGGGAGAAAAGACAGUUCAUACACCACUACAUGUAGGUAAGAUUCUUAUCCUUCCUGCAGUUAGUCCACAGAAUCUCAGAAUGCUGCUAGAGCUCCCACUUACCAGUGAUUUCAAGUUUUUAAAUACAUGUCAAGAUGAUUCCAGGAAAUGUACAACUGUAGCAGCCAAUCUAAAAUCAAGGGCAGUUUAACUUUCUGAAUAAUUCAUUUCACAUCAAAUGUAGAGAAGAUCUGAAGGGAUCUGCUGUCACAACUUGUUGCAUUCCAUAAGUAUGAUGUUUAUUGCUGCAGUAGAGUAGCAGAACAACUGAGCGAGCUCUAUUCCAGUGCACCUGCAGAUUAAGUUUGGAGGUUUCUCUCUAUAAACCAGAUGUAGACAGAUGCUCUCGGUAGUAUUUUUCUAUCUCUUAACAAAGGGGAAAAAACCUAAAAGGAUUAAAUCCUUUUUUAUUAAAUACACUGAAACUAAGAAGCUGCCAGACUGUCACUUAAGGCACUGCAAUACAGAGGGCCUAGGGGACCUGCUGUGCAUGAUCACUAACCUGAUAAACAGCUGUUAUGCAACGUCUCAUGAAGCAUCAUGAACUGCUUUAAGGAAAUACAGAUCCAGGUGUCUCCUAGUAGGUUAAAAGCAGAUCUGGUCAGAACUAAAGCUAAAAGGUGUGAAUAACAACCAGGGUGCCUUGGUGAUCUGCAAGAUUGUAGAAACCUCAGUAAAAAUCUCUGCCAGCCCCCUGAGUUGUGCUGAAAAUUCUGUGUAAGCAGAAGGUGAACAGCAGCUCUCCUAGUGCUCAAAAUGUUCCUCUACUUCUGGAAUAUGAGAACCUUUGCCUCUUUCUAUUAGAGCUGGAAUACAAAGAGAACACCGGAGAAGUACAUUAAUUGAACAAAAAUCUAUAUGCCUUAGACACUGCCUAGAUGAAGGUUAUACAUACAAGAACUGAAAAGAAAGAAUGGCACUUUUACCAAAUCUUCUCUGGAAGUAAUUAACAUUCUCAAUAAUUCAGCUGGAUUAUAAAAUUACUUCGCAAGGUUUUUUUCAUUACUCAUAGUUAUAAUUAUUUACAACGACUACCAGUUUAAACAUAACCAUUCUCAGGGUUUAUCUUGAUUCAUUUUCUCAGGAGUGACACCCACGUUACUGAAAACUGAGCGGAGCUAAGAACCACCCUGUCAAUGCUCCAUCUUUCUGCCACAAAAAUUGGCUAGAAAUUUAUUUUUGAGACAAACAUUGGAAGAGCUUUCAUCAAGUAAGUCACCCCGAAAUAGGAACAAGUCAGUAGCAUCUAUCAGCUGUACAGGAUCCACAGAAGGAGUGCCUGACUGCAAGAGCUGAAACUGAAGGUAGAAUGUGGGAUCAAUGUGACUAAACCAGUGGUGGUAUCUUAAGAGUUCAGUCUUGUUUUUCUAAACAAACAUCUUAAAAUAAAUUAUGUGAUGCCCUCCAUUCAUUUUGCAGAGGGAGUAGAACCCCUCUUACCCUUCAACAUGAAUCUAAAGGGGCAAUAUGUGUACAAGCCAUUUUUGGAUGGGUGUGAAGGUUUAUUCCAUGACUGACCAAACAGUUUUCUAUAGAGAAUAAACUGCAAUGUUAGACUGAAA